AUGAUGAUGGCCACUUACCCAACUAAUGCCGAGCUCCAGAAGAUGGGCGAAUGGGAGCGUAAGGCUAUAUGGAGGAAGAUGCCCAAAAUGGAACUCCACUUACACGGAGAUAUUGCAUGCCCCAUAUAUUCCGAUUAUGCAUCCGGCGACACCGCAUUCACUGAGCAGGAUAUCCUCCAAAACAUCGUGUGCAACUACAAAAUCAAGGACUUGGUCGAAUUCAUCGAUAAGACACGCAUGAUAUGCAAGAUAUUUUCAAAUAAUCAGAAAAUCCUUGAAAGAUGUACAACGGAAGCAAUAUUAGCCAAGCACCGUGAGGGCGUUGUGGGUCUGGAAUUCAGGUUUUCACCUGCAUAUUUAGCGGAGGGAUGCGGGUACAGUUUUGACGAAGUGCUCGACAGCGUUUUCGAUGGUAUAGAGCAGGCGAAGCAGCAAAUCACAACUCCUUUCGAGGUUGGCGCAAUAUAUAUUGGUGAGGUUGGUAUCGACGACAAGUUUUCUUUUGAAGACUCCGUUGAUUACUUCUUGAAAAAUCGUGAAAAAUUUAUUGGGUUUGACAAUGCUGGUUAUCCUGCGCCAUUUUCUCCGCACGCGGCACAAUUUAAACGCCUUGUUGAUGCGGGUGUAAAUUUAACGCUUCAUGCGGGGGAGACUCCCCCUGAUUGUAACGAUCGUUUGGCUACCGCACUCGACCUUGGUGCCCAGCGUAUAGGCCACGGCAUUGAGUGCGUGAAAUCGCCGGAAAUGAUGAAACGCCUUAUUGAUCAGGAUGUGAUAUUGGAGGUGUGCCCCAAAUCUAAUUGGAUUACCAACCCCGCCAUCAACAUGAACGACCACCCAAUAAGAAGAAUUUACGACGCGGGCGUCAAGAUAUGUAUCAACACCGACGACCCUAUGAUGAUGACCAACAGUCUGCACGAGGAGUACGAUAUGCUCUUUACACAUUUAGGUUUCGGUUAUGAGGAUUUUGUGAAGAUGAAUACCUGGGCACUAGAGAAGUCCUUCCUCAGCAGGGAGGCCAAAAUAAAACUCAAGGAAACGUACUUUCCCGGCGCCAAGAUAUAG